AUGACUAAAGAAUCCGAUGAAUUCUAAAAAGCUGAGAUACGUAAAUACAAAAUUGAUUAUGGUGAUUAUCACAAAUCACAGCAUUUUUCUGAUGCAUGUGCACCAUCUGAAGAAUAUGCCGCUCAUGUUGACCGAAAACAGCACGGAAUUGAAGAAGAAGACGAUGAUGGCGAUCAAUAUGAAGAUGAUGAUGAAGAGGAAAAUAUAAAUGAGAAAUUCAUGGCUCGUUUUAAUCUGCUGUCAGUUGAAUUUGAACGUAAAACGACAAACGAAAUUGCAAUUUUGAAUCUUGCUGCACAAGAUUCUGAUUUCAGAAUUUGUUGGCAUCCUAAUGUCAUUACAGUACUUGAUGACGAUGAAUUCGAUUAUGAUAACGAUGAGAAUACUUCAAGCAAUUUUUUUUUGUUAACAACUAAUGGAACUAAGCUCCUCGACGAAAACAAAUGUGAUAUCUGA